UUGGCGCCUCGGACGCAGCUGCGGAGUCUUUGACACAACUUCCUGUAACAAGUGAAAAGAACAAGUUCAACUUGGCUUUUUUUCCACUGGCUGCGCGUCACACACCUGCCCAGCGAAGCCCCGCCCCUCGCGUCUAAUAAAACCCCCCGAGACGCGACGACCUGUCAAACGUCCCCAUCCCGCGCGCAGCCUCUGGUCACCGGCCCGGACACGAGGGCUUCCACACCUGAGACCUUUCACCACCGUGGGCGUCGCACCUCAGCCUCCAUGCUCCUGCAGUCCGGUGCGUGGUAACAUCCAUGGAAGUGGCCGGCUUCUACGACGAGGGCAGCUUCGCUAUCCACGGUCGAGGCAGCGCGAUCGGUCCCGUCGGCGGCGGCUCGUACUGGAGACGCGGAGACUCGAUGUCGGAGCUCGGCAUCGAGGAGCGGGAGAGAGCCAUCGACUUCAGCGUGUACCUGGACUCCGCGGCGCACUGCCCGCAGCUGGCGGCGCAGACGCAGACGCAGCAGGACGUUUUCUCCGAUUUCCUGGCGGAGAACAAGAUCAAGAGAGUUGCAGCUUUGCAGAACUACAAGAGCUACUCGCUGCUGAACGACCUGGAGACGAGUCAGUGCGACCCCCUGCGGGAGCCCCGGGGGCCCCGGGGGCCCUUCUCCCUGGGCUACACCGAGCUGCAGGAGACGCGCGUGGACAGCGUCCUCAGCCCGGAGCUCGUCGGGAGCCGCUACAGAGCAGCAGCCGCGGAGAGGGACGACGUUCCCGAAGACGCCAAGAUGGAGAACGGGUCGUCUGCCUUCGACAUGAGGUCCUACCUCCACUACCAGUCCACCAGCGGCAGUCUGGGCAACAUCUCCACCGCGUCCUCCACCUGCUCCAGCCCGCCCGGCACACCUGCCCCGUCAGGUGCGGGCAGGUCGCCGUCGCACGGCGGCAAGACGUCCAGCGGGAAGGCGAAGAAGCGUCUGGAGAAGGACAGCGACGAGUACCGGCAGCGGCGGGAGAGGAACAACCUCGCCGUGAGGAAGAGCAGGGACAAAGCCAAGAUGCGCAACUUGGAGACUCAGCACAAAGUGUUGGAACUGGCUGCGGAGAACGACCGUUUACAGAAGCGCGUGGAGCAGCUGUCCAGAGAACUGGCCACGCUGCGCAACCUGCUCUCUGCCACCGGCCAGUGUUAGACCCGGGCCAGACUUAGACCCGGGCCAGAGUUAGACCCGGGCCAGAGUUAGACCCGGGACAGACUUAGACCCGGGCCGGGCCGGAGCUGAGCCACAACCGGUACGUUUCACGGGUGAAGACGGAGACCGACCAGUUUACAAGGACACUUUGAAUGGGAGCAUGGACUCAUUGUUCACAUGUCACAUGUCUUCUAGUGUUGGUGUUUGCAGUAUUUCAUUCGACAGACAUGAUGUGAAUUUGUUCUUGGUGUUCACAGAGGCGGUUGUCAAGGGAAGAGUUGUGCUGCAGUGAAAUGAUGCAACUCUUUGUAAUAGUAUUGGCAAUGAAUGAAAUAAGUCAAAUUAUUUAAUAUUAAAAGGUGAAAUGCUUUAAUUGUACUUGAUAUUUUAUUGAAUUAAAAAGAUUUAUACUUUGUCUUAACAA